UUGCCAGUCAUUCAUAACCUGCAGUGAUAAGUUCAUUGCACUUUUUUGACCACUUCAAAGCGAAUUACUCAAAGAUGUGUUAAAUGAAUGAAAACAAAUUUACAAUGCAUAAUAUGUAUAUGUUAUUGUAUGAUGUGGUUUCAUGCUAAAUAUUGCAUUUGUUAAUUGAGUGGUUUUAUUGCUAACAUGACUGUUUAAAAUAGCAACAAAUCUAAAAAAACACUUUGCGCCUCAUCCCAGAAAGGAGCAGCUUCACAAUUGAGGUUCUACAGUUAGAUUGUGUUGUUUAUUGUUAAUUAAAAGCGAAACCGCAAUGUUAAAAAGUUAGACUGGUCAUUUGAGUGAAAGCUUUAAAUCCAGAGGAUGAUCCUUUCUGGAGUAACUGGACUGCUGUCAGAGCGAAUUUCACAAGAUUAACAGCCCGCUGCUCUUUUCUUUGCCUGCAAUCAAACCGUUUACAGGACUAUUCUCCAUCUCUACCUGUUUAAAACUUGUUUGUGCUAAAUGGGAUUUAAAUGAAGUCCAUUUGAAGUCACAAACAGUGACAUGGCUUGUAAAUCAUGUAUGAUCCUUCUAUAGAGUUAGAACAGUAAGAAACCCAUUGAGGAAAUGGCAUUGUCUUUAAAGCGAGAAGCAGCUGACUUUUUUCUGCUGCUGUAAUGUGACAUUGCGACAUCUUUUUGUGAAACGUGCCAAACCGAGAAGCAGCUGACAAAUUGUAAAUAUGUCUUUGUGACAUAAGGAGUCUUAACUUUUAGCAAAACAAGACCGAUUCUGCUGCUGUCUGGAGAAAUAUGACAUUGUGACGGUACAAAUUUAAGCGCGGCGAGCUGAGAAGCAGCUGACACUUUCAUUCUGCUGCUGUUGCGAAGAUGAGAUUGUGAUACCGGGAGUUUAGUUGCGGCAAACCGAACCUGGUGCUUGCUGCAAAUAUGACAUUGUGACAUCAGGACUCGUUCUCUGAAGCGCCAGACUGAAGAGCGGCUGACACUCUCUUUUUUUGCUGCUGCUGCUGCUGAUGAUGCUGCAGCUGCGAAAAUGCUGCGAUUCCCUGUGAAGAAAAUACGAAAGCAGUUCAAACUUCUGCUGCUGCUGGUGCUGCUCACUUUUGCCGUGUGGUUUACGUACCUGCACAUCAACCAGGGCAAAUCCAUCAAACUUCACUUCAACUAUGGAAAAGAUGGUGAGAGGCCGAUGGAGGGAACUGAUACCAGCCGGAAGAGAGACUCACGUUCAUCAGACAAGUACCGCAAAAGCGAAGACGCCAGCAACAGCCAGGAGGAGGAAAAUGCAGAAGAUGAGCCCAACGCUGGCACCCUUCAUGACAAAGAUCAAGCUGAAAUCCGCAAGUUCAUCGCACGGAAGUACAAAAAGUUGCCAUGGAAACCAGAGUUUAAAGGUCAAGCGAAUCUCCACGUCUUUGAGGACUGGUGUGGCUCCUCAGUCGCUCAGCUCAGGAAGAACCUGCAUUUUCCUCUCUACCCCCAUACGAGAACUGCUGUGAAGAAGUUGGCCGUGGCUCCAAAAUGGAAGAACUAUGGCCUGAGAAUAUUUGGAUACAUUCUACCUUACAAAGAUGGUGAUUUUCAGUUUGCGGUUUCUUCCGAUGAUAACUCAGAAUUCUGGUUGAGUUCAGAUGACAGUCCUCUUAACGCCCGUCUGCUGGCCUACGUGGGAAAGCUGGGAUCUGAAUGGACCGCACCAGGAGAGUUUACCAAGUUCAGGUCUCAGGUGUCCAAGUCUGUGCAUCUCAUGGCCUCCAGACGAUACUACUUUGAGAUUCUCCACAAGCAGGACGACAAAGGCUCGGAUCACGUUGAAGUCGGGUGGCGCCCUUUCCUGCCAGGACUCAAGUAUGAGGUCAUCGAUUCCGCGUACAUCUCCUUGUACACAGAUGAGAGCAGUUUGAAGAUGAACCAUGUGGAUCACAUUCCUCAGACACUGGCCAGCCACGGGCCUGUCCCAGCAGAGACCCACACCCGCAGCCACCAUGGCGCCGAUAUGCUGCAACCGGACCCCCGCGACACCUUCUUCAACAUUCCCAUGAUUGACCCCUCUCAUCUUGAAAAUGUGUUGCCCGCCUGUCUCUACUCGCCAACAUAUGUGGUCAAAGACUUCCCUAUCGCUCGCUAUCAAGGCCUACAGUUUGUCUAUCUUUCUUUUGUCUAUCCCAAUGACUUCACCCGCCUCACCCACAUGGAAAGAGAAAACAAGUGCUUCUAUAGAGAGUCACCCAUCUAUUUGGAGAAGUUUGGCUUCUAUAAAUACAUGAAGAUGGAUGAGGAGGAAGAUGACAGGCCAUUCUUCUUCCCUAAUCCUGAUGAUUUUCUUGAAGAAGAAGAGGGGGCGGAUCCAGAGGAUGAAGCACAAGUUGUUGGCACCCAGUCAGCAAAGAAGACCGUCCAAACUAGCCAAUCAAAUCACACCUCAAGCCCCUCUGAUAAACCUGUUCCCACAAUGCUGGAGAAAAAAGAGGUAGAGCCGGACAACCCAACUUUUAGUAGAGAGCAAAGGCGCUUUUUCACGAGAGCAAGGCAGGUGGUUGGGUCUCAACCUCAAGAGACGGACCAAGACAAUCUGGACCAUCAGGCUAAGGUAGGGUUACCAAAAAGUGAGAGUGUGGUGCGAGGUCGUUCUCUCACUUGGGUUCAAAGAGACCGCCGGGACCUCAGAGAGGGUUGGUCUGAAGAUCGUUCACCGAAAAUAAGUAGAUCAGCUUUGCUUUUCCCGCCAAAAUCCUCAUUGGUGGCCCUCAACAGUCGAGCCAAGCAAAUUCUCAGCAGUCCUGCCCACACUGUUCCUUCCCCAGGUAACAACCACGCUCAUGACAACAGCCACAAUCCUGGAACCAGCCACACCAACAAGGAACGCAAGAAGGAGGACAACAAAAUCUACGUCACAAGACCUCGCCCUGCUAAGGAGAAGCAAAGUCUCGUUUCACGCCAACCCAGAGAGGUCUUCCCUGGCGUUUUCCUGUACCAGAAUGGCAAAACCACAAAGCUGGUGAACCUCAGUGCCAAACCAAAGCUCAGCAAAGGAGCUCUGCGUGCGUCCCAGUUAUUUACACGGUCUCCUCUGCAAGAGAACAAGGUCUUUCCAGCGAGCCCCAACUUCAGCAAGCCAGCUGAAAAUCCCAUGCCCCCAAACAGAGCAGCAAUCCCAAACCGCUUUGAGAGAAGGAUACGAGGCGUCUGGGAAAAACACCAGCAUCCCUUGAGGCCCAUCACAACCGCUCGACCACCUCGUGUGCCCACCCCUCCGUCCGCUAACUCCUCUGAGAACGUGCUUUCGACUGAGCCUCUACGUGUCACUUCCUACUUGCACACCUCUGAGAUUACAGAGUCUCAAAAGCAGCGGCCGGACACGGACCCAGAACCAGAGGAGGAAGGAGGCCUUUCGGAGUAUAGCUAUGAGGAUGUGGAGCCUCGUCCCGGGUGGGCAGAGGAGGCCAUUAAUUGGCAGAGGACGUUUUCCGUUAAUAGCAUGGACUUUGAGGCAUUGCGCUCUGACUGGAAUGAUCUUCGGUGCAACGUAUCUGGAAACCUGCAGCUAUCUGAGAGCGAAGUGGUGGACGUUCUUGCACAGUACAUGGAGAAACUCAACGAACUUAAUGGAGGGAUUUACACUCUCCUCCGCAUUAUAAAUGUAGAAAAGCGGCGUGACUCUGCACGCGGUAACCGCUACCUAAUAGAGCUGGAGCUAAUGGAGAGAGGUCGUAAAGUGGUCCGUCUGUCUGAGUACAUCUACAUGCUGUUGCACCGUAGCCGGGUAGAAGACAGUCUGGAGAAUAUGGAAGGGGUCACAGCAUCAUCCCUCUCUUCCCCUGUCGCCAGCCCACAUGCUCCACCCUCCCGCACACCUACCCGCGGGGCCCACGGCACCCCGCAGUGGGGCACAGUGUAUGCCAAACCCCUGCUGUGCCAGCCAGUGAUGCUGCAGUGGAAAAAGAAUGUCAUGGUGCAUUUUGUGGUACCAGUGAAGAAUCAGGCGCGUUGGGUUCAGCAGUUCAUUUCAGACAUGGAGUUCCUGCACCGUGAGACCAAGGACAACAAUUUCAACAUCAUCAUCAUGGACUUCCAGAGUGAAGACAUGGACGUGGAGCAGGCUCUCAGAGAAAGCUCCGUUCCACGAUAUGAGUAUCUGAGGAGAGAAGGAAACUUUGAACGUUCUGCUGGGUUACAGAUCGGUGUGGACACCAUAGAGGACAGUCACAGCAUCGUGUUUCUGUGUGACCUGCACAUUCAUUUCCCUCUGAACAUCCUGGAGAACAUCAGGAAGCACUGUGUGGAGGGCAAACUGGCCUUCGCUCCGAUAGUAAUGAGACUGGGCUGCGGCAGCUCACCGCAGGAGCCUGACGGUUACUGGGAGGUGAACGGCUUCGGCCUGUUUGGGAUCUACAAGUCUGAUUUUGACAAGAUUGGUGGGAUGAACACGGAGGAGUUUAAGGACCGCUGGGGAGGAGAAGACUGGGAACUACUGGACAGAGUUUUGCAAAACGGUCUGGAGGUUGAGCGUUUAAGACUGAGGAACUUCUUUCACUACUAUCACUCUAAAAGAGGCAUGUGGAACUCACAGUCCAGUAAAACUCCUAAAGGAUAAAACCGAACCUCGCUGAGAGACUUCAAACUAACUCGGCACGAGAACGGGACCUUAAAGGACCAAACCGUUGCGUCUCUGGGACCCUUUCCUGAGGCCCGUCUCAUACAGGAGGACCCGUGACACUGCCAAGCUGCUGUCCAAACUC